AGUAGCGUCAGCUUAGAAGCAUUACAAUGUCCUACACAGGAGGAGGCAGAUGGAGACACGGAGCAUGAUUUUUGCUGCUAUAUUCCAAGCUUCAUCUAUUUUGGAUUACAAACCGUAUCUUCAGUUAAGAGGUUGGGACUGGUGUGGAACAUUAUGGAGUAUUUGGGACGUGGAAUAAUGUGGAAAAGGCUGCCGGCAUGGCAGGUGCUUUUGUGGUGGCAUCAUUUCUAUCUUUUGUGGAGUACAAUAGACGCACAGACUCACUACAGCAUCCCGGAGGAGCUGAAACAGGGAUCUGUGGUUGGAAAUAUAGCAAAAGAUUUGGGUUUGCUUGUGCCUGAACUGCAUCGCCGCAAACUGCGGAUAACCUCAGAGGCUGGUAAGCAGUAUUUUAAUGUAGACUUGGGGAAGGGAGAGCUGCUGGUGACCGACAGGAUAGACAGGGAGGAACUGUGUGGACAAAGACCAUCCUGUUUAUUGCCUUUGGAACUGGUUAUAGAUAACCCACUGCAGGUGCACAGAGUUGAAAUUGAAAUACAGGACACAAAUGAUCAUUCUCCUAGUUUCCAAACUAAAGAAAAGGUGGUGAAAAUUGCAGAGUUGGUAAAUCCAGGUGCACGGUUUCCUUUAGAGAGUGCAAAUGACCCUGAUGUUGGCUCCAAUUCUGUACGCACAUAUAUAAUAAACAAAAAUGAGCAUUUCAAGUUAACAAUUAAAAAUCUGAAAGAUGGGAGAAAAAUUCCUGAACUGGUGCUUGAAAAACCUCUUGAUAGAGAAAUGCAGGCUGUACACAAACUAGUCCUCACAGCUGUGGAUGGCGGAGAUCCGGUGCGCUCAGGGACAUCAGAAAUUACAGUUAUAGUCCUCGAUAUUAACGAUAAUGCCCCACAGUUUGAAAGACAAGUAUAUGAAGCAAAUGUGAGCGAAAGGGCUACAUCUGGAACUGAAAUCUUACAGGUUAAAGCUACAGAUGCAGAUGAGGGACUGAAUGGAGAAAUUGAAUAUGUUUUUGCAGAGCAAACUCCAGAUCUUAUUUUAGCAUUAUUUGACAUCAACCAGUCUACUGGAACUAUUAUUGUAAAAGGGGUUUUAGACCAUGAAUCAAACUCUUUACACAGAUUCGAUAUCACAGCAAAAGACAAAGGAAAUCCUGAGAUGGAUGGGCAUUGCAGCAUGGAAAUUAAAAUAGCUGACAUUAAUGAUAAUAAUCCAGAAAUAGUUGUUACGUCUUUGACAACACCUGUUCCUGAAGAUUCUGCAAUUGGAACUGUCAUUGCAAUUAUAAGCACGAGAGACCCAGAUUCAGGUGAUAAUGGUAGGGUUACAUUAACCGUGUCACCCAAAUCCCCGUUUAAAUUAAACCCGUCGAUCUCCAAACAUUAUUCAUUAGUCACAAAUGGACCACUUGACCGAGAAACAAACGGCCAGUACAGUGUUAAACUAACUGCCACUGAUUCUGGAAAACCGCCGUUAAAGAGUGAGAAAACAAUAGUUGUUGAACUGUUAGACGUAAAUGACAAUCCACCACUUUUCUCACAACGUUCCUAUGCAGUUUAUGUUAAAGAAAAUAAUGCUCCAGGGAUUAUUUUGUGCUCAGUGUCAGCUUCUGAUCUGGAUUCUGGUGAAAACGCAAAGAUCUCUUACUCCAUACUGGACUCUAAAGUGCAGGACGUGUCUGUCUCAUCUUAUGUUUACAUUAACUCAGAUAACGGGAGCAUCUACAGCAUGCACUCCUUUGACUAUGAGAAGCUGAAGGUGUUUCAGAUUCAGGUUCAGGCAAAGGACCAGGGCUCUCCGCCUCUCAGCAGCAACGCUACUGUCCAUGUUUUUAUCCUGGACCAGAACGAUAAUGCCCCCGCUGUUAUUUACCCCUCCUCCGCUGCACUGGGAUCCCUCUCUCAUCAGAGGAUGCCCCGCUCUGCUAAAGCGGGCCACCUGGUUACCAAGGUGACUGCUGUGGAUGCUGACUCGGGCCAUAACGCCUGGAUCUCCUACAGACUGGCGGAGGCCACAGACGUCUCUCUGUUCACAGUCAAUCAGUACACAGGGGAGGUGAGGACUAAACGCUCUGUGUCCGAGCAGGACGACUCCUCUCAGAGGCUGCUGAUAGAGAUCAAGGACGACGGGGAACCAGUUCAGUCCGCCACCGCCACAGUGUCCAUCCUGCUGGAGGACGCUCUCCAUGAGCCCAUCUUAGACCUCCGACACAAAGUGUCCGAGCCCAGCAGGAAAACCGGCAGAAUCACCCUUUAUUUGAUUCUGUCUCUGGCCUCCGUGUCCGUGCUGUCUCUGGUGACUUUUCUCAUCUUAGCGGUGAAAUGCAUCAGGACCAGCAGAAGCAGCGGGAGCUGCUGCAUGAGACGGAGCGACUGUGAUGAUUACAAGAACCCCAACAGGAACCUGCAGAUUCAGCUCAACACAGAUGGACCUAUAAAGUACGUGGAGGUCCUGGGAGGAGACAUGAUGUCUCAGAGCCAGUCCUUCAGGUCCUGCAUGUCUCCAAUGUCAGAGUACAGUGAUUUCACUUUGAUCAAACCCAGCAGCACCACAGACUUUAAAGAAGUCAUCAGUGUUCUGGAUGCGUCUUUACCCGACAGCACCUGGACCUUUGAGAGCCAGCAGGUAAGCUAAUAACAUCUCAAUUCAACACUGAUUUAUGUUAAUG